UUUAAGCUAGAAAUGGCGAAUUUUACCCCGCAAUACAACAACACUACAGCUUCGGGAUAUGAUUACCCAGAGCCGCCAUCAUUAUCACAACUGAUCCCAUUGAGUAUUAUCUUAAUCGGAGCCAUAUGCACGGCGAUCGGAGGAAAUGCUUUUAUCAUAUACGCAUUUAUCCGUUUUCCCCGUCUGCGCACACAGUUUAACACGUACAUCUUUAAUCUGUCCAUCGCUGACCUUUUCGUCGGGAUCAUCGUUAUGCCGUCCUUCUUCUUGUACAACUGCUACGGAUACUGGCCCUUCGGGGAACCGAUGUGCUCGGUGUGGGUCUUUACCGACUGGUUCAUGACCUUUGAGUCGGUGCUGACGCUGGCGGUGAUCAGUGCAGAGCGAUUGUGGUCGGUCACCUGGCCCAUCAGCUACAAGACCUGGCAUAGGACCAAUCAGGUGCGGUGUACGAUUGUACUGACGUGGUUGGUGGUAGCGGCUGUUUGGAUACCGGCGCUUGUUUACGAUCGAGUAUAUCACGAUAAUAUUGUGGAAAACUGCGCAUGGGAUCCGGCGAAGAAUUUUGCCAGCGGAAUUUAUAUUGGAGUUCUGGGAUAUUUAUUGCCCUUUCUACUCAUGUGCUCGUGUUACGCGAUCGUAGGCUGGAAAGUUCGAACAAGGUCCGCACCGUUACGUAAAAUGCUUGCAGUGGAGCAGGACAGGACUGUUACUAGCGUUCGACAGGCAAUAACUGUUCAUACGAAUGAUAAAUCGCUUGCACCACGUAAAGUUUUAGAAGAUCCUGAAGAUAAUGACCUAAAUGAGCCAAAAAAGAGACCACUGAAAAAAUCGUCGAGCAGCAAACCCACUACUCGGGAGGGAUCCGCCCUGGUGACCUUAGGUGCCAUUGGUUUCGCCUUCUCGGUAUGCUGGAUACCGUUCUACGUGUAUUUCUUCGUGACGCUGUUUGCCUGGGCUCAACUACCAGACUGGUUCCUGACCUUAAGCUACUGGCUGGCGUAUCUAAACUCGGCAGUUAAUCCUGUCCUGUACACCGCUCUGAAUGAAGAUAUGCGGAAGAAGGCUAUUGAAAUACUGUGUUGCCGAAGAAAACGCGUAAUGCCGAUCAGUAAUAUGACACGUAUAAAUAUUAAUGAUGCCGCCAAUGCAUUUUAA